ACCCCUAGUCCCGGCCCCAUAUCUCUCAGCGUAGUAAUCCCCUCGCCUUCUCGGCGCCAGCAACAGGAACUCGAUUUAGCCGACGUGAUCUCGGUCCCAUCUCCAAUCGGUCUCUCCGAGGACUUCUACCCCACCGACGCAUAUGAGAAACGCGCCUUGAAGGGUGCAUACCCCGUGGCCCGGAAAGUGGAUCGAGCAGCCAUUCCAUUCACUAUCGGCACCCCUGGCCCACUGCUCACAUCUAAACCGGACAUCAGCGCCCAGCUGCACCAUACCCUGCAGCAGAAGCUCGCGAAGAUCCGAGGCCCCAAAGUAACCUUUGCAUCGGGGGACCAGCACCAGCUAGCGCACUUCGCAGCCAACUUUGAGUUUGUGAAUGCGUAUAAGCUACGACAAGGAGUCACGCCUGUUCCAGAGGAGUUCCUUGCGGGAUGUAGCUGUGACGGGUUCUGCGAUCCAGCAAGAUGUCUCUGUCUCAGCAAGGAAGAGGAGACGAAUGACCCAAUGGUGCCGUACAAGCGGGCCGGUGAUGAUGGGCGAUUGCUGGUGCUUACGCCGGAGUUUCUGAAACGAAAGGUCAUGAUCUACGAAUGUAGUUCAAGAUGUGGAUGUGAUGAACGCUGCUGGAAUCGAGUGGUGCAAAAUGGCCGGACGGUCCGACUGGAGAUUUUCUGGACCGGUAACCGAGGGUUCGGCCUCCGCUCUCCCGACCCCAUCCGCGCAGGCCAAUUCAUCGACUGCUACCUAGGGGAAGUAAUCACCAAAGAAGUAGCCGACAUCCGCGAAGACGCAACAGCUCAAAAAGGCCCUUCAUAUUUAUUCAGUCUUGACUUCCUCGCCACCGGCGAAGACAGCAAAUACGUUAUCGACGGACACAGGUUCGGCAAUCCAACCCGUUUCAUAAAUCAUUCGUGCAACCCGAAUUGUCGCCUGAUUCCCGUGACUCGCAACCACGCCGACGAUUACCUGUACGACUUGGCUUUCUUUGCGCUUAGAGAUGUACCACCCAUGACGGAAUUGACGUUUGACUAUAAUCCCGGCUGGGAGAAGGUCAAGAAGGUUGAUCCGAAUGCUGUGCCUUGUCUUUGUGGGGAGAGUAAUUGUCGUGGUCAGCUUUGGCCGAAUCAGAGGAAGGCGAAGAGGGGGUGA